AUGGCUCACUUUGAAGAUCUGCGCAAAGCUGCAUUCAACGCCGAGAAUGACCUGAACUCCUAUGAAGCCAAGCAGGGCCUUGGCAAGAAAAGUGACUCAACUCUCGAGUCUGGUGUCAAUGAGAUGGUCGAGAAGAAGUUCGAAGAGCCCACUAGCGUCAAGUAUGGCCCUGGCUCCACUGCCUCGGGCAGUGACCACCGCAAGAUCCCCGAGGAUGAAGGUGGUACUCGUGAUGACCGUGGCCGUCUCCCUUCAGCGAAGCACUUCCAAGGCACGGGUGGCCCCGAGGAUGAUACCAAGAUCGCUUUCGAGCAGCGCGGAGGUGACCAGGAGGUUCCCACUCUGCAGGACUUGAAGCGCCGGGGUCUCGCCAACUAA